AUGCCCCUACGAAAACGAGGGGCCACGCCGCCCCCGGCCCUCAGCGGCGUCCGCCACCUGCCAGGAGAGGCCGAGGGCUGGGGUCUGGGGGCCGGGGCUCGGCCGCACGGGAAGGGGCGGCUCGGCCCCGGCCCCUCGGCGUCCCCCCCCCCUCCCCCGGCCCCGCCGCGGGGGCUGGAACCGGGGCCGGAGGUUUCCGCCCGGCGCCGCCAAGCCCGCCAGGGGCCUAGCUCCGGCUCCCGAGGGCUCGCCCGCGGCGGCCGGGACGCGCAGCCGCCUCCCAGCCGGGCCCGCCGAGCCUCCCCCGCGGCGAGCGCGCCGGCGCCCGCACCUGCCCCGCGCCCUAGCGCGGCCCCCGCCGGCCGCUUCACCCACCUGGCGCCCCCGCCGCGCCUCCCGCACGUCACAGCGCGACCCCGCGCUCCUCGGCACCGGCAGCGCGACCGCGGGCGGACGCCGAGAGAUCCUGCUCGGCCGCCGCCGCCGCUCGGCUCGUCCCCAGGCCGCCGACAGCGAACCUGUUGCGCAGCCUGUCACGGUAGCUCGGGCUCCACGGCGCCGCCUCAGCCCCACAACAACAUGGCGGCCGCGGCCUCCGCAGGAAGCCGGGGGGCGGGGAGGCAGGCGACGGGCCGGGCAGCUGACGGCCCGCCCGCCCGCGGCCGGCACCGACUCCCCCACCCUCGGGAACCCAAGCUUAGCCCGGGCGCGGCUCCUUACCCCCGGAAUCCCGGGGCACCGGACCCCGCGGGCCUAGUGCCAGUGCCCCGCUCUCCCCUCGGGGAGGCCCUGAAGCCCCGGUCCCGGCAGCCCUUUUCUGGAGCAGCGACGGCCCACCUGGCUCCUCCUCCCCGAGGUGACAUGUUGAGGUUGGGUGGUGCGUUUCCUGCCCCUGCAGAGCCCCCAAAGUUUCGGGGAAGGCCUAGCCGUGUCGGACACAUGCCUGUUGCACCCCACAUGGGGCUCUCUCCGGAGCGCUCUCUCGCUCUAAGGUUAGUUCGCAGAGGUGAGAGCUGGGCUUCUCCUGGGAAGGGGAUCUGA